CAUUCCUAUUCGGAUCAAUAACCUAUGAAAACCCUGCCGAGUUACUCCUUGAGAAAAAUAAAUUCUAGCUUAUUCCGAGACAUUCAUCGGACGACCUCGUCUUGAGAUACAAAAAGCCGCUUCACACAUUACGGCCUGCAGCGAUAUGGAUGUCGAGCGAGUUGUGAGGACGCAUAUCUCCUCCAAUGACUCGGUAGAUGAGGUUCCUCAAGAUCUACUUGAAGCUGUACGGAACGGUCAAGUCGGUCUCCUAGAAAUCGUUAGGGCGCUCGGGGACUAUCUGACCUCGACGGAAGAUGAAGUCCGGGUCAAAGGUAUAACGCUGCUCUCAAACGUGCUCGACAAAGCCCCUGCUGCCCGGAUCAAUCGACAAGGCACGCAAGUCUUGACAUCUUUCUACUGCGACAAGCUGGAAGACCACGAAUGUGUGCCGUCUACGUUGAAGGGGCUGGUCGUGCUUACGAAGCUGCCGACGUUUGGUGCAGGAGAAGCUAGCCAGGUCUUCCGGUCACUGGCGGGAAACUUCAAGAGCAAAUCUCAUGUGCAAUCGACCCGUCAUAUCGUCUUCCUCCUCGUCGACGCUCUGCUUGCAAAGCACCUCUCGGCCAUGAAGACGCUCGGGGAUGAAUUCGUGUCGGGAUACAUCAAGUUGGCGGAAGGAGAGAAAGACCCCCGGAAUCUCAUCCUGGCGUUUGGAAUCGGGAGAGUGAUCUUGAUCGAGUUUGACCCUUAUAAGCAUCUCGAUGAUAUGUUUGAUAUCAUCUUCUGCUACUUUCCCAUUACGUUCCGACCGCCUCCCAAUGACCCAUACAAUAUCACUCCUAAAGACCUGCAAGAAGCCCUCCGAGGAGCAAUGUCGGCCACGCCGCGUUUCGCACCCAUGGCCAUGCCUCUUUUCCUGGAAAAGCUGCCUGCUAGUCUGGGAGAAUCGAAAAAGGACGUGUUGCGCGGUUUGACGGCCUGCUUGCCCGUCUUUGGAGGACGUGCUGUUCAAGGCUAUGCUUCGGAUCUAUGGGACGCUCUGAGAACAGAGAUUUUCUACUCUCCCGACGCAGAGAUCGAGAAAGAGGCUUUACUUACGCUCAAGACUCUCAUCGCUACCCUUUACCCUGAUACCCCGGAGACUAAGGCUGCGGAUCUGGCCCUCGAAAUUAUCAAGGAGUGUCAAGCUGAAUUGAAGGAGCCCGAAAAGAGCAAGGCCAAGCCGGCCACCAAGGUUUUGAUGACGUGCGUUCAUGCUUCGUCUCUGAUCGGGUCAUACGCCCUGUCACAGGUGUUACCGCAGCUCUUCAGGAUGUAUCACGAGGACUCGGAGAUCCCGAAACGUGGACCGAUACUCAGUGCGAUCGCAGACCUCGUCAAGUCCGUCAGGGAAGUGUAUACUGCCGAAGGAACUACUCGCAGUCAUGAGACCGAACGCACAAUCGAGAAAUACCGGGACGAGUUGCUCAGCCUGAUGAGCUCGGGGAUCGAUAGUCGCGCUCAGGACUGCCGAUUGCCAGGAUUGCAGGGUGCCGAGCAUCUAGUGAACAUACCUGGCUUUUUGGGUGCCGAAGAGGUCACAUAUCUGGUCAGCAAGAUUGACGGCGUCUUGACUACUCGGGAACCAGAAGCAUUACAAAACGAAGCUUUGAAGACGUUGUCCGCUAUCUCGGCGCUGACAACGCGGCCUAUCGAAGAACACACCUUGCCGCUACUAUUCGAUCAGCUACCAGGAGAAGCUCCUGCUCUAUCCGACGAAAAGAGCCGAUAUUACAUCCGUCAAGUUCUAGAAUCGCUAGCGACUUUGUGCGUACAGCCGGGGCUUUUCGAAGCUCUUCAUCUUCGCCUGGUCCGACAAUUCGCAGGCCUAUGUGAAGGCUCCACUUCAACAGAUAAUGAGAACAUGGACGUGGAGGAAGAUGCCAUCCGGAAGGAAUGUCAAGUUGCAUUUGCGUACUCCUUGCUUCAUGCGAUCCGAACGACACUGCAGCGAAAAAUCGCGCUCAAGCAUCACGACAUCGCAAAACAUUACGAACAUCUCGUACCGCGUCUCUAUAGCAUCUUUAUCGAAGGAGCCAGGACAGACCGUAGUAUCGCAAAUGACCCGAGACUGAUGGCCGAAGGAGCCGCCGUUGUCAUGAUUAUGACGCAAACUCUGGCUAGCAAUCAACAAGCCUCCCAUGCCACAACAUUGUUUGAGGCAUUGAGAAACAGCGACUUGAUCAGACUAGCUGGCAAGCAUGGUAUUGCUGAAGCCCAUGCUGGUAUUGGACCGCUGAAGGAGGAUGCCUCCGUCAACGAGCAGAACCUAGUGAUUCUCAUCACGGCGGAUGCAGCGGGACUCAGGCCAGAGUCAUUGCUUUGCGACUUGAAUGCUGUCUUGCAGUCUCUAUUGCAAUGGGCGAUACAUAAGGCUACGUCGCAGGUACAGGUAAUCUCCGUCUGUCAUUUGAUGGCAUCCUUGAUCAACAAGCGAGCCCAAGACCUCGAGCCAUUCUUGUCGUCUGCACGGAGAGAUCUCUGGUCGCUGUGCGAAGCAACUCAGCCGCUUGUUUUCAGGAGAGCUUUGACGAUGUGGAUCUGGAUUGGCCGAGCACUUCUGGUGCGCAACCACGCAUCGGGCCUUCCCAUGAUAAUUCAGGUCUUUGACCUGUUCGCCCGAGACAAUGAGGUCGCAUCACUAGCAGGCGCUUCUCUGAGCAUCUUGAGCGAUUCUCACGGGGAUCGCAUCCUUUCCAAGGAGAACUUCGCGAUCGUGAAGACUCUGUACAAGCAACGCUUAUUCAGUAGCCUCCUGCCCCUUAUGAUCGAGGGAAGCAAGACCCGACAAGGAUCCGCGCAAACGCCGUAUCUUUUGGCACUGGGCUCGACUAUCGCCAUUAUCCCUCAAGGGUUGAUCAUAUCACACCUUGCCGAACUACUACCUCUUAUCAUGCGGGGCUUGGCACUGCCCAAUGCCGAGAUCCGAUACAACAUGUUGCGCAUGCUGAGCUCGAUCCUCGAAGUAGAGGGAACUGCGGAGACGGGGACACUGUUGCGAUCUCAGGCGAAAUCGCUGGCAGAUGUUCUGGUGGUCACGGCCACCGAUUUGCGAGAAGAAAGCAGUUCGCCGAGGACGAGAAUAGCGGCAUUGGCUUGUCUAAGCAUUUUACCCGACACGAUACGCUAUGAUGUCCUGCAUACUGUCAAGACAAAGGUCUUGAAGGAGCUAGCGAGAGCCAUUGACGAUCCUAAACGAGCGGUGAGAAGAGAGGCAGUAGUGUGUCGCUCAAAGUGGUUCACUUUCGGAGGGGCAGGUACAUGAUUCGACCUAUAACUGUAGACGGCUAUAACAUGAUCAUCAAUCAUGAACUCAGGAU